ACUUUAGCAAGUAAUCGACUGGUCACGUGAUGCCCUGAGCCCCUCGCUUCCCCCAUUUUCUGACCAGUCCUGAGAACAGAACCAAGAGGCUGAAGAAGGAAGCAGAGAAGUGCCAAGAAAUGCAGAAGAGGGGGAUGUGGUGAGCGGCCCCUGCAUGAGGGGUUCCAGCUGCGGCAAGAGAGACACCCAGAGGGACGGGGCCAUGUGGCUGCCAUCGGCUUUGCUGCUGCUCUCUGUCCCAGGCUUCUCAUCACUGAGUGGCCCCAGCACUGUGACAGGCACCGAAGGGGGAUCCCUGAGCGUGCAGUGCCAGUAUGAGGAGAAAUACAAGGCAUUUACCAAAUACUGGUGCCGACAACCAUGCUUGCUACUUUGGAACCAGAUGGUGGAGACCAGAGGGUCUGAGGGAGAGGUGCGGAGUGGCCGUGUGUCCAUCGUGGACCAUUCUGCAGACCUCACCUUCACAGUGACCUUGGAGAACCUCACUACAGAUGAUGCAGGGAAAUACAGAUGUGGGAUUGCGACAAUACUGCGGGAAGAAGGACUCAAUGGCUUCCUGCCUGACCUCUUUUUCCAGGUUCAAGUGUUUGUUUCCCCCAGGUCCCUGCCUGACCGCGUCCACUUCCUGCUCCUCAUACUCCUGGAGGUGCCCCUGCUUCUGAUUAUGCUCAGUGCCGUCCUCUGGGUGAACAGGCCUCAGUGGGCAAUUUGUGGGAAACACAGUCAGCCUGAUGACGACGGCCUACAGCCCUCCUUGCCCAUCGAUAUCCUGUCCAGAGACAUCACUGUUCAGACUAGAGAAGGAAGAACUUCUGCCCCCAAACUUUAUUUCUCUUCUCACUUUAUUGCCAAAAACUUGUAAGCAAAGCAAAACGAAACAAAACAAAACAAAAAAACAACCUUGAAAACAUGUAAUGAAAUAUAUCACACAUACAAAAAUGUGUGUAUAAUGUAGAUGUGCCUGGUGAUUGGCUGGGCAGCAUGCGGGAAACAUUCCACGGGACCCCUAACUUGCCAGCAGAAAUUGGUGCCAGGCACAGACUAGUUGGUCAAGGGAUCCCAAAGUGAGGGCCGCUUUUGGGUGACCUCGCCCUGCUGAGAACCCUCAAGGCAGCCUCUCAACUCAACAUUCCUUCCUUUCUUCACUCGCUCACCAAGUAUUCACUAAGAGCCUAUAUAGCAAAGACUUAUUUCUAGAUUAUGGGGAUAGAGCAAUCAACAAAACACGAGCU